AUGAAAUCUGGGAGCGAUAAGCUGAAAGAGCAAAGUCGGGGCGGAAAGCAACACCUGUUUGAAUCUAAACUAAUCCUUCUUUCAUCCGCCGCCGCCGAAACACUCCGAUUUUCUAUGGAGCACAUCUGGAAGCUUUCCGAAAAUCGUCUGGCCUUGCUUGCUGGACCGUCCGACGGUUUGACCUCUACAGGGCACAUUACAACGCGCGCGCGCCAAAAAGUGUUUUGGGUCGGCACGUAAUGGCAAGUCUGCACUUCUGCCGUGCCAGCGAUACCUUCGAGCUUCUUCUUUUGUUCUCCUCCCACGCGAUUGCUGGAUUAGUUCUUGCUCUUAAAUUUUAUCAGUUUAAUCUAGAAAAACUUCAAAAAUGCGGAGAGGAGUUUGAAAAUCAUUUUGGCGCCAAGUUUUUGAUUUUUGUUCAGAGAUAGUGAGACUUUUUUGUCAUAACCUUAUUUCAAUUAUUUAAGGAAUAAAUAUCCAAAUUUGAAUUAUAAUACUGCUAUGAAUGGUAUAACAUAAUAGCGAAGCUCUGACAUUUGAAUUUGUGGCCGAUGCAUCACUGUCCCCUUUUCAUUUUUCCUAAACUCCUUCCCAAAAAAAAGUGUAUUUCUCUCGAUUUUCCCUCAUUUUGGUAAUUCCUAGUCUACUCUCUGACCGCAAACUUCAUCUAUUUGAAUACAUUCAUAACUCAGUUAAUUUACCUUUUUCUGACAGACUAUCAAAUUUCAUAACAUGCAACAUGUUUAUUUUCGAAAAGGGGUGCGUUGUUCAGUUCUCUCCUCCCUUUUAUCGAUUUUUCUUCGUUACGAUAAUCGGCUGAAGUUCCGCAGUGUCACUUUUUUUUGGUCCGAGGAACUUGGCGGAGAGAACUUCUUUCCAGUUCAGAUGGCGCGAUAACGCCUUCCAGAACAGUUACAUUGUCACGUAGGUUUCCAUAUUCUACUGUGAUCUACUUUAAUAUUCAUAGUUUCUUUUUUUACCUUUUCCAAUACUUCUGAAUCUCUCUAAACAAAAAUUUAGAGGGCUUGAGAAAUAACUAGACUCAAUUUUCAUUUCUCGCACUUUGAUCUACGCAAUCCUUAAUUAUCACUCCAGAAGAUCUCCUUAUCAUUCUAAAAUCUUAGUCUCGAAUUCUGGUCUCGAAAUCCUUCUUCAAUCUUCCAAUACCACACAAGUCGUUCGUGGAAUCGAGUAAAAACAGAGCGGAGAAGAAAAAAAAAAGGCAGACCACCCAGGAUUUCCAUGAGAAGGCUGUGCGCCCUGCCGCACACGAAGAAAAUGGACGACCGCGACGCAAAACGCACGCGGGGUAGCACCGAUGCCUGAUUCCACAUACGUCAAUAUAUAAUAUUUCAAUUAAAUUACAAGUUCCUGGUUCAUUUUUUUCAUUUGUUUUUUUGUUGUCUUGUAUGAUUUUUGUAUUUUCAAAUCUGCAUAUAGAAAAAUUUCUUCUAUUUUGCUAUCCUUGCACCUUUUCACCAAUGACCUUAUUUUUUUCUUUGUCCUAUUAUAUUAAGAAAAAUCCGAAUUUUUUUCGAACUUCUUUUUCUUGCUAAUAUCUUGUGGACCAUUCAAGGAUACAAGAUAAAUAUGAUUUUCUCAAAAAAAUUUGCUCUCACUAUGACUUACCUUCGAUAGAAGUAACUUCAGGAAUAUUCGACUUUUUGCAAUUCAAAAGGCAAAAAUUUAAAUUUCUUUUAAUUUCCCAUUGACUAACAACCAUUCUCUACACUAUCGGACACUGAAACUAUCAAAAAGUUGAAAGACCUCCUUAAUAAAAAUCCAUAAAAAGUAUUUUUGUGAAAAAAUUUUUUUUGGUUUUCUUACGAAAUUUUUGCGUUCUUUGUCCAUAACAAGUCAUUUAUCAGUUUGUAGUGCAGAAACCCUAAAGUUACACCUUGGCGCUAUCAUAAAACGAAGGAAAAUCGUAGGCAAAGCGAUCGAUUUGUGUAGGGCGCGGAGUGCCACCCACGGAGCUUUUUCAGAACGCUCUCCAUCCCUGUAAUGGCACGUAGAAGGUCUUCUCUCUCAUUGCCUUUUUCUCUCAGAAACCUUCCCUACCGUAGGCAAAAUAGAAAGCAUUAUGUGUGUUCUCAAAACUGACUUCCUUGCUUGAACUUAAAAAAAAAAGAAUUAUUUCGAAUAAUCUUGUUUUUUUUUGUAAAUAACUUGAAAAAUCUUUUAUGCAAAAAAACCCCAAACUUUAACUUGCAAAACUUUCUCGUUUUUCUCAACUGAAGGACGAAAAUCGAAGAUAACGGUUGCGCGCUAGUCGAGUGCACGUCGCGGAGGUUCCUAGGCGUCCUUUCUCGAAAAAAAAAGCCGAUGUCACAUUUUUUUUUUGAUGUUCAGCACGUUUUUCCAGAGCGUCAAAAAAUGUUUUGAAGGUGUCUGAGAUGAUUCUGAAGAAUCCACAAAAAAAUCUCUUUUUAAGGGUACAAAAUUUCAUUAUACUCCUCAGUUCUUUAUGAACACGAUACAAAAAAAUUUUUUAAUUUUUAAUUUCUUUUUAGAAGAAUUUUUUCAUUUUUGACUUCUACUCUAUUUCUCGAAUUCUUUACGAAAUUCUUCACUUCAAAAAAUUUUUUUUUCAUUCUUUUAAUAAUGUCGGAUCCUUUUUUUUCCUUUUUUUAUUGCGCGCAAAAAUCGAUUCCAAAAAUUCCAAUUUCGAGUUUUAUAGUAUUUUUUUCAGAUUUUUUUCGCUGAAAAAAAGUGUUAAAACUUGAAAAAAACCUUACUUCAUUUUCGAAAUUGUUCAUCUUGAAGUAUUUUAAUUGAUUGAUUGAAAAACUCCAAAAAUAAUAUUUUAACAAAAAGGACGCCCCCACAAAAAAACUACAAACCUUUUUCCAUCAAUCGUCGCAUUUGUUGCAUCUCAAAUUUUCUUUUUUUCUAGUUUUUUUCAACUCUACCGUUUUUCAGAAGGAAAUGAACAGAACUGGCUUUUGAACCAGGAGGCCGACCAGGAGAAGGGUCAACAAGUGAGAAUAUUAUAUAUUUAUUAUUUUGAAUCUUUGUAAUGUUCAGGUCGUUGUUGGCUUCCAUCCGAAUUUCAAUCUGGUCCUCUGGUACCAGAUAUGCUCAGCAAUUACCAUGCCGACACGGAAAACUUGCCGAAUUCGCCCCAGCAACCCGAACCUCAAGCAGAUCAACGAACGAUGGUUUUCGAACAAAUCGUUGAAUGCAAUGGAUACGACGAAUUCGAAGAUGAGGAGGAGGAAGACGAAGAAGACGAAUAUAUAGAAGUAGAGAUGCCGAAGACGACGCUGCCCCAACAGCAACGUUUCCGGCAUCCGCAGCAGAGUACCUCCUAUCAGAAUCAGCCGCCUGUGCGGGUUCAAACUCAACGUCAAUACGUUCAACCGCCACGUCAAUACAUUCAAACGCAACAACAGCAGAUUCGGCAGUAUCCGCCAGUUCAAAGGCAGAUCUACCAACAAAUGCCAACUGUUGUGCAGCAGAACUAUGAGUACUACCAAGCCCCACCUCAGUCUCAAGCUCUGUCUCUACCGCAUGUCACCUCGGUCGUCAAGGAUCGAAGAAAUCAGAAAAGUCAAAAAAUCAUCAUGGUCGACCCCUUUUCGACCGCUUGCGAUGCCAACGUCAAUUGGAAGCCCCAGGACAAUUACGGCAACUAUCAGGUUUUUUUGUGAUUAAUGUAAAAAAAUUGAAGCUAUCUUAGGGAUUAGUGAUAAAGUUUUGGUGUGGUCAAAAAAACCAAAUAUAAAUGAAUUUUUUUCGGGGUCAACCGGAAAAAAGAAUUUUUAUAAUUUGGUCUGGAUUUUUUUAUUUGAAUUUUUUUGCCUGUAUAAAUUUCAAAUUACGAGAUUUUUUUAAAUUUCAAAAUUUCUUUUCUUGAAAAACAGACCUUUUGAAUAGGCGCGGUUUUUUUCCAACUUUCAUUUGAACUUCGGGAAAAAAACUCAGACCUUCUAAUGCUUUUUUUGCUUUUUCUUUAUUCUCCUCCAAAUCAGUCAAAUUUAUUGGCUCUUUUUGAACGAUUUUCCUGGGAUUUACUAUUAAAAAGUGAAUAACCAAAACGUACCUGGUUCUUUUGUGGAAAUUCUGCUUUGAAUCGUAUUUUCGAUGCUCCGGCUCCACGUAAAAUUAUACGUACUUUUUUGGGGCCGACUAUGUUAAUUUAGUCAGGUCAGACACCUAAAAAUUGUCCAAACUUUUCCUCAAGCCUAAUCUGGAAACUUACAGACUCAGCCGGAGUAUGAUCGCGAUGAACUCAUCCUAAUCAUGGAUCACCAGCUCGCGCUAGUCGACGUUUACCGAGAGAUCUAUCUAAUGACCGUAAUCAGAAUCAUUUUCUGACUAUCAUUGAAUAUUUUUUUCAGGAUUGGGUGAAGCUCAAAAAGAUCCACUUUGUCCCCGAUUUGAACACCAAAAGUUUAGUGAAAGAUACCAUAGAUAUGCCGCUAUGUCCUGCGGAACACUUGCCAUGUUAGUUUUCUUUUUCAAUUUUUUAAAAAAAGACUUUAUUUUCUUUCGAGCUCAAAAAUUGCUUACCUUUUUGAGGCGAAAUAACUAAAGUAGAAAAAAAAUAAGAUUGUUUUUGAACUGCUUCUGCAACGGUAAAAUGCUUUAUUUCAGUGGGAGCCACACCUCGCGACGCUGUUCUUCUCUACAACAAAGAAUUCGAAUACUUGAACUGGCUUCUGGUUCCGAAAAACACGUAAGCGGAUAAAAAAAUUUUUUGAAGCUUGAUGAGAAUAUUUUUCAGCUACGUUCCGGCACGAGACCACAUGAAAUGUUCGAGCCAGAUACCGGACAAAAUCAUCAGACAUUUCUUCAAAACGAAUCAUCACGCUAUUCGUGGAUUCUUCAGACAAGUCCACACAAAAGACGGUGAAUAUUCCAGGAAUGAAAUUAUGGAAUAUUUUUGGUUUUUAGGUCGUGAUCCAAUGUUUAUGGGAGAUGUCGUUUACGGCUUGCUAUUCCCUAUGUACAAACCGUUCCGAGAGUAAGCAUUGAAAUUAAUUUAUUUAAAAGGGUUUUCCUCCAAUUUCAAGAAAUAUAACUUAGCUUUUUACCUUGUUUUCAAAGAACUGCAGAUCUUAAAAAAGUUGAUAACUUUUUUUUUGAUUACAUCUAGCGAAAUCUUGCAACUUGAAUUCUUUCACAGCUUCAAAGCUUUUUCAAGGAAGUUCGAGAAAAAUUUUUUUUCAAUCAAGGUUAGAAAGUGAGCCAACAAAAAAUUAUAUAAAAAAAGGAAAAAGUUUCUUGAAAUAAAAAUUAAGACUAUUAAAUUAAAUUAAGUUUCUUGAAAUAGAAUUAAGACCCUAGAAGGAGAAAAAAAUCUCGAACUCAAAAACUUCAAACCUCAGAUGCAAAAACAUUUUUCAGCUGGACUACUGCUCAAAAAGUUUCCUACAUCAAGAUUACAAACUACUUGGUGAAUAUGCAAAAUACGGUCGAAUAGUAAGUCAUUUUCAUGAACUUUCUCGGAGAAACUGUGAUUUUUUAGUCUCAGUAACAAAGUUAAACAGCAAGUGAAGCCUGGCCCGAAAAAGAAGAAUCCCGACCCAAUACAAGAAGUUCCUCAAAGGCCGCCCAGCAUUUUCGAGGUGACAUUUUUGCAAAAUCUCUUUCGAAAUUUACUUUUGAAUUUUCUUCAGUUCUUGGAAUCCAGUAUCUCGCAGUCGCGAUUGGAGACUUCAAAAGAAAUGCAACGGGUUGGUCAUGAAAAAAAAGAGAAAGAAAAAUGGAUUUUUUUCAGCUCUACGAAAACAAAGACCAUUAUAGUCGAUGUCAUCCAACUUUGCGGCUCGAUAUUUUGGAGGAAAGUGGAUAUGACAUGUAAGGACUUGCCUUUUCAGACUUAUUUCCUACUUCAAAAAAUAAUGGCAAGAAGUGAAAAAAUUACCCCUAAUCUGGCAGUGAAAAAUAGAGAAAAAUUACACAUUUCAAGUUUAAAGACCGUUCACAAAGUUCAAUAUUGGGGAGAGAGAGAAAUAGAUAAAAUUCUUUUACAGAACUCACAUCUACCACAGCAACGCCAACGCUACGGGUCCAAUGUCAGCUUGUCAAUCCACUCUAUCAGGAACGCUGGUCGUCCAUCACAAAGGAAAACCUCCAGUCCGAGAGCAAGAAAUCAUAAUCGAAGAGUGCGAAAUCGACCUGAACGACCCGAUUUAUGUGGAUGAAAGAGUGGACUGUGAGGCGCGGAUUUUGGCCGAGACUCUAGGGCCAGGAGCUUCCCAGAGCUACAAAGAGCGGGCUCAGCUCUCUCGGAGUCAAGCUUAUGCUCAAACAUCCAAAACUGGAGAUAACGAAAGAGAAAAGUCCAUUGAAAGUGUCCAUGAGCUGGUUGAGGCGAACAUCGAAGAGAUUAUGUAAGAUUUAUUAAUAAGAUCAUUUAGCUUUGCAAUUGGUGAUUUUAUCAAAAUUCGAUCAGAAAAUUUUCAAAACACCAAAAAAAAACUUUCAUGAAAUAUUAAAAAGCACAAAUUUUAUUGAAAUGUGUUCAAAAUCUCUCUCAAGGUUUUCAGUUUCUCAAAUGGCAAAGUAAAAUGACUAUAUCAAUCAAGAAAAAAAGAAUAUGAUAAAUUUACAGGGGAGAAAAAUCUCAAGCUCAGCCCCAGAGAAGGCUCAAAGAAGGAGCGGUAAGAAGAAAAAAAAAAACGUGGGAAUUUAAACAAAACCCUGUUUUCAGAGCAAUCUUCCGGUUUGGAAAUACAUGAAGAAGCACAACAUUGACGCGGAGGCUUAUCUCCAAAAAAUGGUCAGUUUUUUUCUCGACCAGGACCUCAGAGCAUAAUAAGACUUUUAAUAAAGUCUGGUACUCUUAAUGGACGCUUUUUUGAUUUGAAAGAAAGAUCUGAGGAAAUUGUUGACAAAAUUAUGAACUCAUGAACCUUUCUGUAAUCUUGGAAAUUUUAUAAAAAUUUGUUCACAGGAAACGGCUCAACCUUCAAAGCCAAUCGCCAACAAUCGCCGAGGUCACAAGUUCUUGAAGAAGACAGAAGAGAAAAAGGAGAUCAAGGAAAUUGUGGAGGUCGAAGCGAUCGUGAGUUUUUCUCGUUCAAAUGCACAAAGGUUCCCAAAUUUCAACAAAAAACUUUGAGGCUAAAAAAAUUCUAUUUAUUUUAUGUCAGCUAAUUUUUUUAUAAAAAUCAAAGUUUUGGAAUUUCAGCCGCUGAAAAAAACAAGAAGCGCGAACAAAAAAAGAAAAAGGAGAAGGUCGUCGAAAUUUUGGUGACGUCACGGCCGGUCAAGCUUCGUAGGCCGAAAAAAGCCAAAAAAGCUAAGCGACGCGGUAGACGUGAGGUUCGUCUUUCCAGUUUAACCGAGAAAAAAAUUAAAAAUUUCAGGGACCUGGUCGCCCCAAAAAAUACAUCGGAUGCAAAGCCAGGGAAAAGCAAAGACUCGAUGACAUGAAAAAAGCCGAGGAAGAGAAGCUCAAAAACGCCUACAUGCCGGUUUUGGACCAGAUGAUGCAAGGAAUCACGGGCAACAUGAAUUUCUGGCUUGGCAUUGGACCAGCGAAUCUUGAAAAUGGUUUGAAAUUCUGUCUCAAUUUGGAUGAUCUAUUGAGAAAACAUGAAAAAAGACAGGGUUUCUAGAAGGGUAAAAAAAGAACAAAGAUUUGAACACCUCAGAGAAUUCGCCGAGGCGUACUCGAAUGAAAAAGAAUUUUUUGCUAUGAGUCACGGCAACACAAAGACGCCAAAACCUCAUCUUUUUUCACUACAUUCAUUGGAUACAAACUAUGAGACAUGAUGAUUCGACCAAAGAGCAAAAAUCAAGAACACUAAUUUUAUAUGGAAAAAGGAGUACUUCUUUUUUAAAUCUAUCAUUUUUCAGAGAUUCUAUCCGAGUCUUAGUGGCUCCCUAGACAUAACACAAAGUUCAAAAAAUAUUUUCCAGAAAACGAAGAAGUGGACAACAGCGGAUUCGUCACUUCUACGGACAAUAGCUUCAUUGGUAGAACAAAAAGACUUGAAAAAAAACGAGGAAUAAAAUUUAGAAAAUACAAGUGCAUCUGAUCAGGAUCACGACCAAAGUCGCGAACAGUUCGAGAACAGCGCGGAAACACCUGCCAAGGCCCCCGAAGCGCUCGAAAAGAAACAGUCGCCGGCACGCCCACCAGCAAGGGGAAGAAGCAGAGGAGGCAGAAGCAGACAACGAGGUCAGAAUGACCCAAAUUCAAUAGGAAAACUGUAUAUUUCAGACAACGCAAAAGAGGAAGAUAAGCAGGAAAAUCUCUACAAAGAUCUCAAAAGUAUGUAGAAGAUGUGGGAUAAUUAAUGUUAUCUUUUUCAUUCAGAUUGGCCGGUCCCAGAGGAUGAUGAGCAGACAAAAGAAGCGCUUGAUCGUAUUCAAAUGGCCACCAAGAGCACAGGCAUGACAAUCACGACGGAAGAUGGCGAGAAAAAGAAAAUGCCAGUCGCCACUUGGAUCGAGGUUUUUCAACCAGGAAACGAAAAAAUUAACAAAAAUUUGCAGGACGACCUUGAUUUGAGCGACCUGCAAGAGAUCGCAUCGUUGCUGCGGGAAACCAUUCUGAGCGUCGCCGUCAACCCGCCCGUCGAGCCCCGAGAGGUAAUCAAGUAAAAAUAACUGUUGGGGUACGGUGGCCGAGAAAUGUUACACGGAGAAGGAAAACAAAAAAGACGCUGGGAAAAUUUUUUCUUGAGAUGUUUUUCAGAAUCUUUUGGAUUUCUCAAAGUUCAAAGGUGCAUGAAAACUGUUUUCUGCGUUUUUGGCAAAAGGUUACAAAACGCGAUUUUCGGCAAAAUCAAACUUUUUCAACCUUCUAAUAUUUACGCAGAAAAAAAGAUAUAAUCAUUAUCUAAACAUAAGAAAACAUUGCAAAAAAACUAAAAAGAAAGUUUUGGCGAAAAACUGUUGACAAAAAAACUACACCAUAGUUUAAGCUAUUCAAAAAAAAUGAAUGAUUAAAAUUGAAUUAAAACAAAAUAACCGCAAAAAACAGCGUCGACAGACUGUAGCAUCUGCGCCUCAAGAAUCACUGUUUUCCAAAAAGACUGUCAAUAAGAUUUCUCCCUUGCGCUUCUCAGAACUACAGUAGUCUGUUAUAAGAAGACUGCACAAUGGUGAACUUUAAGAAAACUGUAAGAUUGACUCAUUUUCGAAAGAGACAGCUCAUAACUGGUAAUAGUUAACAUCACAGUAACCCGAAAAAAACUGAUCUCAAAGUUGAUAUAAAUUAUGGUUUCCUGGCAGUCAGAUGAAUGUCGGUCAGUGAAAUUGUAGAAGGCAACUUUGAACAAAGAACGUAAGGAUGAAAGAACCAAGAAUUCCUGUGAAAAGGCGCGCUGGAUGCGAGGAGAUCAAAGAGAAGGGGGGAGUGGGGGAGGCAUUGGUUGGCGGCUUUUAUGUGCCGCCUAAAAAGGGGAGCCGACAAACAAGGAGGCCCCAGAAAGGCAGGAAACUAGUGAUUCAGAAGAAACAAGAAAUGUAAUCCAGGUGUAACGGAUAGAUUCAAAUGCAGUACCGUUAGACAACAAUGCGAAAAUGUUUAAACUCAAAACUUCUUCAUUUGAACCUCUGCUGGUUAGAAUUCAAUCAGAGUGUAAAAAUAACAGUCAUCACAACUUCAGAUGAUGUCAAAAAUAUUAAAUUUCGUGAAGAAGAUUAUGGUCAAAAAAACGCGUCUGACGGAAUUUUAAAUGAGAGACAAUUUAAAAAAAAAACAAUCUUGAGAGGAAAUUCAAAAAGAAUGAAGCCUUUUAUGAUACUCAUAGAACUAUUAUUACACGGUUAAGAUAGGAAGCUCCAUCAUUUAUAAAAAAACUUCAUAUAUUUAAUUCAACUGACCUGUACUUUAUGAAGACUCACAGCUUUACAAAACGCUCCGCCGCAAUAAAUUCCGCGAUUUCCCGUGUUCAUUCCUGAGCAACUGGUAUAACGAGACGAUAGAAACGAAUAGAAAGGAAAUGAAAAGACGAACGCCAAGCGAGAGGCAGAUUGUAGCAUCUGUCGUUCAAAAAAGGAACACGUGCGUGGAGGCAAGAAACUUUUUGCGAAGGGUGGCACGACGACAUUUUUUGCUGGUACGCGGCGACGUUCGCCUCGCAGCUGGUGACUGUACGAACGUACAAAAAGGGCACCUCGCAUUUGCGCUCCUUGCGAAAAUGUUACGCUACCACGGAAAACUCUAGUAAUGAAAAUAUUUUGAUCGAUUUGUUGUUUUUCAGAUCAAAAAACGUAACCGCCACAAGUACGAUUUCCCACCUUUGCGGCACUCGGAGCGAAUUUCCCGGAAACCUAAGGCUACGGUAAGUGUAAGGAGGACGAAGAAAACAUCGAAUGGUUCAUUGACCGCUAGUUUCAGAAAUUUCAACGCUGAUUUAAAAAUAGCAAUGCGUGGUUUUACAUUGUAAGCGAGCGCCGUUAGCCAUUGAUUUUUCAAGAAAUUAGUUCAAAUUUUCAAAAAAUGGUAUGCAGGCAGAUGAGUACUAAAAAAACCGAGAGUGGUAGAAAGUACAGCUUAACACAUUUUUCCAUUGAAGAUGACUACACAGCAAGAGCCCAAAAUAAUGUACAUGCUUUGAACUUUUCGCUGCUCUAUUUUGAAUUUUUUCAUGAGCAGUCAGAAUUUUUUCUAGCUCUGUACGACCUUUCACCGAAAUUUGAAAAAAGUCUUUGUCUGCGCGCUCUGUCACCAUUGCUACCAUCAUCGCGACAAACAGAAAAGGUCAAAAAAAAAGGACGCGUCUGAGAGAUCUGGAGAGCGCAGACACCAAAUUUGUUACAAAGAGCGAUGAAUAAGGAUAAAAAUUAUGAAAGUUUUUCCUACAGUUUUAUCGGAGAAUUCGAAUUUCCCUGUUUGAAAUACUUGAAUAAUCAACCUUCAGAAGUUUAAGAAUUUUGACCUAGCCUGAGAAUCGGAAAAAAAAAUGUGUUUUCGGAGUUUGAAAAUAUCUGAUUGAUUGAGUUGUGUAUUCAAUGAAUCAAAAAAAGGCCAGAAAAGGUUAUGAAUGACCGGCAAAAAAAUAAUUUAUCAAUUAUAUCAAGAGACCAUAGGUACAAUGAAAAAGUCAUGAACGGCAGUUCCAUGUUCCAUAAUUUUCCGUGAAAUGAAUUUUUCUAGGUCUCACCCCUUCGAAAUGACAAGAGACAGAGCGAAAGACUUGCUAAAACUGUCGAAGUUGUUCAAGAUGAACAUCAGAAGGUAAAAUCAGUGGGAAUAAACUUAUUUCAAUAAAAUCUUUAGAUCCCACAAAGUUCUGAGAUUGAAAAUGCGGCCGAAAAGCAGGCAGUUUUGGAAUGCCUGGGAGCCUUGGUUGAGCAAGUUUGUGAGAUUCAGUUGAAUGAGAAUGUCGUGUCUGAGGUAAUUUUCGAACCUUUUCGACUAACUAUUCAAUUUUUUUUACAGGUCGUCCAAAAAGUCGUGGUUCCUGAGGCAAUCAUCGAGGUGAUCAAACUGAGCUUGAAUGAGGAAUUGCCCUAUAUGAAGUUUGUGAAGGCUGUUAAGGUACUUAUAGACCUAUGGACCAAUCAAAAGACCUUCUUUCAGACCCGCAAAUCUCCCAGAAACCGCAAAGAAGUUGUUCCGAAGACCGUGAAAAAAGUCCGUGGAAAAAAUGCCGUGACCGUGGAAAAAGUGCACACUUUGACGAAAGCUACUGAACUAAGGACAAUUCCACUGAAACCGGUUUGAAAUUUUAAAUUUUCUCAAAAAAUACCAACAAAAAUUUCAAGGUUGGUGAAAAGCGGUCAAUUCUCGCUCUGGUCACCAGAACCGUUUUUCAUGUGGUUUAACUUGAUUUUCAACGAAUUUCAUUAAUUUGAGUGCAUUUCUAGGCUGGCGAUGAGAACUUGGAAGAAGAGUACGAUGAAGACGAUGAGUGGUCAGCAAGUAGAAAUGUUUCUGUCGAUUUUACGGUGAUAAAGCCUGCAGAAAGAUCGGAUGCUAGAGUUCAGGUUCGUGGGACUUUAUAUGAUUACGACAUAACAAAAAAAAGUUCAGUUCGAAAAUUUCGGGUGUUAUCAAAAAGGACUUGGUGUGAUAAGGGAAAUUUUUUCAGACGCUGGUCUGAAUUCUUGAGAUUGAAUUGAAAAUAGCUCUGAUCAAAAAUUAAACUCAAAGAAUAACGAAAUUCUUUAAAAACGACAGCACAAGAUUUCGAAAAAAUUGGGAAUCUAUAAAAUAAAUCUGUAGAACUAUUUUUUUCCAAAUAGAAAGUCUAUUUAUCAAAAUGGUUGAAAAAAUGAUUUUGAAACGUUGAGAGGUCUUAGGAUUUUUUUUAAAGCUUCUAUUUUGAGUUCAGAUUUUGAAUUAUUCUGCGAUAACUUAUAGUUCAUCCGCUUUCCAAAUUUAAUGAUCAUUUUUUCAGGUUCAAAAGAACUUUGAGCGUUUUGAAGUGGAGUCUACAAUUCGAGUUAAAAAUGUUACGGAGAAGCCUCAAAAGGAAGCUGAACCGAUUGUUGCCGGUCAACUGAAUGAAACCUUGGACACUGCAAAUUCCUCAGCUUCUUGGUCCUGUAUCGUUAUUCCUGGUGCUCCUCUCGACGUCUCCAACUUCUGGUCGGACUUUUCAAGUCCAAACAAGACUGUCAACGUUGAAACGGAUGAGGAAGAGCUUUUGAAUGCUUUUUCGGCGAAAAACUUUGUUUGUAGAAAAAAAAGGCUUUUUUUUUUAAUAUUUCGAACUAUAGGAAACUUCCACGCCCAUGAAAAAGCCAGACGCUGUUGAAGAAAGUCCUUUGAAACCAGAAACACCGGUGAUUAGACUUACUUCAAUUAUAUCACUAACUUAUCAAUUUUAGAGUCACAAAGUUGCCAUCUCUUUUACUGAAGCCGAUCGAAAAAUCAUUGGCUUCAAAUCAGAAGAACCAAAGAGCGAAACAUCGGUAUAUCAGCAUGUAAUUCAAUGGAAAAGUUAUAAUCGGAUUUUUUCAAGGCUUUCCUAAUGACCAAGGCAAAACAGGCUGGCUGGGACAUGGAAGAAGCUGGAGAAGUUCUUCGCGGUGUUGGAAAAUACGACAAGGUUAGUUAAAACCGGAAAUUUGAGGGCUUAGGGAAAUAAUUGUCGAUAUCCGGAAAAAAAGUUUACACAAAAAUAUUCUUGGUGCAUAUCUCGAAAAAAUAAUUAUACAAUUUAAAGACAGGAAAAUGAAUUCCAGGAAAUCCUCGGAUCCCUCGUUGUGAUCUGGAAUUUGCUGUGGCUUUCGUACGGCAAGGUGCACAAUUUCUUCGUCGAGCCGCCUUUCCUUCGAGCUGUGAGCAAGGCUGUCGCAAUUUGGUCCAUCGAACGGUGCAAUGGAACCGCUGAUCCUAAAGUCAUCACGAAAAUGGAGUCGAUGCUCCAGAAGAAAAUCAGCACGAUAAAAAGACCUCAGCCUUCUUUGUCGACGGUGGUACCGCUCAAUGAGAAGGAUCUGAAUGAGAUCAAGGCUCUUCUGGACAGUACGGAUUUUAUUAGAAUGGCUUGAAACAAUAAAAUGUGUUUUCAGAAAACUCCGAGGUGAAAAAAUCGUCGAAAUGGUACUUCUCACCUCUUGAAAUACCUGGUGAUGCUGAGAUGGUGGAGGAGGAAACUGUGGAGACGCUUCUGGAAACAAGUAAUUAGAAAAACUUACAUGUUGAUAAUACUUUUCAAUCGCCAUGAUUCGAGAAAUGUGCAAAAUUUUUUUGAUGUCAUAUUGCAAAAUGAUUCACUUUUUGCAUUGAUUCAAAAAAUCGAAAAAUUCAAUUAAAGAACAUAAAUUUAGGAACCAUUCAUUCGGAAGAAGUCACAGCUCCGCAACUGCUCUCAACCAAAUCACUUCAAAGUAUCGAAGGUAAAAUCAUAUUUUUUUCCCGAAAUUACACAUGUCACUUACUUUCAGUGACGGUCGAACUGACUUCAGCCCGAGAUCAGGAGUGUUCUCUGUCCAUCAACGAAGAAAACAGAGAGGAAGCGUCGCUGACCUACGGUCCUGUUACUUCGUAUAGCGUGAAAGGUGAUUCAGUCUCUUAACAAAAAAUUUAUCAAGUGGUUCAUUUUUAGAUCCUAACGCGCAACAAAAUGCUUCCAAACAAUGUCAAGGGGCUUCUCUGAAUAUCGAAGAAUCCAAUGAUGAUAAGGCGUUUCUUUGUGUCUCGACGUUACCCCGCCUCGUUCAAAGUAGAUUCCCGUUUCACCAAAUUUUCAUCAAGCUCAUUGGUUUCAGCUACCAAGAAAUCAAGAAAGGAAGGCGUUACUGUGUCCGUACAAGAAAGACACGAAGACACUGUUUUUUCAACGAUUGGGACAACAGCGACCCAUCGUGUGAAAAGUAGACCAUCAUUUUAUCGAAAUUUUCAUUAACGUUGAUUUCAGUUUGCGACUCGCAGAAAUGGAGAAAGGCGAAGAAACAGGGCGUCUCGCUGUCUAUCGAAAAAAGCUUAAAAGAAGAGGCUUUUUCUACGGUCUCGCCAAUGCUUCGCGUGAAAGGUAAAUUACUUUCAGCGGAACUUUCAAUAACGUUAUUCAUUUCAGCUUCGACUUCUCAGAAAGAUAGAGAGAACAGCGGCGUGUCUUUGUCCGUACAAGAGAACCACACGGAAACCGUUUUUUCAACUAUCGGGACAACAGCGACCCAUCGUGUGAAAAGUAGAUUACCUUUUCAUCAAAACUGUUGAUAACGUCUUUCACUUCAGCUUCGCAGAAAGAAAAGAAAAAUCGAAGCGUCUCUUUGUCUAUUGAUGACCGGCUCGAAGAAAAGGCAUUUUCCACAGUCGCACCAACGAGUUCUUUGUACGUGGAAGGUAUGUUAUUUUUCAUCAAAACUUUUAGAAACUUAUUCAUUUCAGCUUCGACUUCGCAAAAAGGGAGAGGGAACAGCGGCGUGGAUUUGUCCGUACAAGAUCAACACACGGAAACCGUGUUUUCCACGAUCGGAGGAACUGCGACCCAUCGUGUCAAAAGUAGACCAUUCUUAUACCGAGACUUCCAUGAACUAUACUGAUUUCAGACACACCCAAGCCGAAAACUCGGAAAGGCGUGACGCUGACCGUCCACGAUCAAAAUGAAGGCGAUGCAUCACUCACAAUAGGACCUCCGACAUCUUGCGUCAUUGCUGGUAAUAAUUUACGAAUAAUAGCAAAAAUAACAUUUUCAUUUCCAAAGAAAUAUUUUUACAAACUUCUCUGAUUUCAGACACGAGCAAGUCAGACUCUUGGAAAGGCGUGGCUUUGACCCUUGAUGAUCAAAAUGAAGAAGAUGCGUCAAUCAACAUCGGACCUCCCAAAUCUUGUGUCAUUGCAGGUAAUAAUUUACGAAUGGUAGCGGGAACAACGUGUUCAUUUCCGAAGAAGUAUUUUCACAAACUUCUCUGAUUACAGACAAAAGGAAGCCAGACGCUCGGAAAGGCGUAACGCUGACGCUCCGCGAUCAAAAUGAAGGAGAUGCGUCAAUCAACAUCGGACCUCCCAAAUCUUGCGUCAUUGCAGGUAAUAAUUUACCAAUGGUAGCGGGAACAACGUGUUCAUUUCCGAAGAAAUAUUUUGACAAACUUCUCUGAUUUCAGAUGAAAGCAAGCCAGACGCACGGAAAGGCGUAUCGCUGACGCUCCACCAUCAAAAUGAAGAAGAUGCCAUUUUGAGCGUUCGAACUCCCAAAGCUUACGUCAUUGCAGGUAAUAACUUACGAAUGAUAGAGAGAAUAACGUCUUCAUUUUCGAAAAAAAACUUUUACAAAUUUCUCUGCUUUCAGACCAAAACAUGAAACAGGAAGGUGUGACGCUGACUCUCGACGAUCAAAAUGAAAAAAGUGCAACCCUAAAUGUUGCGCCUACGUCCUCUUGUCGGAUUAAAGGUAACUAUUUAUGAAAAAUAACGGGAAUAACGUAUUUAUUCCAAAAUAAGUACAUUCAAGUACUUUACUGAUUUCAGACGCCAGAAAGCAGGGCGCGGUUCAAAAAACUCGUUUGACCAUUGAAGAUCGGAAUGAAGGAAAUACUGCUCUCCAUCUCGGAAAACGCGAAUCUCGUAUCAUAGACGGUAAUAAUCCAUGAAUAAUAGCGAGAAGAACUGUUUUGUUCCGAAAGAUCUACUUUCAAGAAAUUUACUGAUUUCAGACGCCAAAAAGCAGGAAACAAGUGAAAGAACUUCCCUGACUCUCCAAGAUCAAAACGAAACAAGUACCCACCUUGAGGUUGGGCCGUCAACAUCUUGUUUCCUUGGAGGUAACAUUUCUUGAAUUAUAGAAAGUAUAACGUGUUUGUCUCAAAAGAAAUACGUUUUCAAAGAGGUAUUUUACUUUUGCAGGCGCUGAAAACGAGGUUGCCCGGAUCGUUGUCCUGGACCUUUCGAGUGUAAAAAACAAUGCCGCGGUUUCCAAAAUCUCAAGUUUGUUUCAAUUAGAAGCUCUGAAACGGGAAUAUCAAGUUGCAGGGUCCAGCAACGAGUCCCGAGUAGUCGGGCCGAACAAGCUUCCUGAAACAGUGCUCGUCCGGAUUUCAAGUUCGUUUCAAAGAAAUCCGAAGCAAAACAUCACUAAAAGUCAUAGCUUUUCGACGUGAAAAAGAAAAAAAUGUUUAACGAUUUUCUCAAGCUCUUCCAAGUUGAAAUUACUCAACUUUUUUGCUUUACCUUACUUUUAGGGCUGUGCUUAGAAAUGGAAAGGUAGACGCCAAUAAAUAAACUUCCAAAUAUCUGAUGCAUUGCGCAAAUAGACUUUGGUCAGGCGCGCUAAAAAGUUGUUGAGAAAAUAAAAAAAUAUUGAAAGUAAACUUUUUCAGUAAGGCAUAGGCAUGAUUUCAGAGAGCGUUCCGUCCUCUGCACUUGAACUCUUCGACGACCUUUCCAAGGACUUCGGCAAGGAUGAGCAGUUCGAACCUUCGGUGAAGUCGACAGGUUUUUUUCUGAUUUCUUUACUUUUUCAUGAAUGUUUUUUAGCCGCUAAAAACGAUGAAAGCAAAACUCAUGGCGAAUUUGAAAGAGAACAGAGAACGGAGGCAUCAAGUAAUUUUUAAGCUCGUUCUUUGGCAAUUAUUUAUUUUCCAGAAACUUCUCCAGAAGAUCUCUGGGAGACUUUCUUCACGAAAACCGCGUCAUCCAGCGUUCCGGAGAAUUGCGAAUUUUCCGCUAAACCUGCGGAAAUAAAAAAAGGUACCUUUCAAAAAUCUGAUUUUUUCGGAUUGUAUGACUUGAGAUUUAAAUCAAAAAAAUGAAGAGUUUUACGGGUUUUUUUCUAUUCUGAUGAAACUCGCCAAACACAUUUUUUUUUCAUAUGUGCAAAACAAUUUUUGGUUAUGCCUGAAAAAAAAACGCCGGUUGAAUGAAAUUAAUUUCUUUUUUUAAAAAAGUUAGUUUUUACGAUAUAAAAAAAUUCACGAUGUCAAAUUCCUGUGUCGCUUUUUUCGGAAAAGUUCGGAAAAUUUGUAAAUAAACUUUUUGCUGGUUAGCCUAGUCUUUAUGAGAAAUAUCCGAGUAAAUUAAAAUCCUACGAGCAAUCUAAUGUCACAGAGAAACGUUUCAGAAUUUAUACCAAAUACUUUUUUACAGAAAAGUACAACUCUGUUUGCGCUUUCGAAGAUUCACGAAGCCGAAAACGCGGAAUUUAUGAAGGAGCAGCGGAAAGUGAGCUUCAGAAAGUGAUGAGAAAAAGGACAAAAUGUGUUCUUUCAGCAGCUGAAGAGAAGAGAAAACGGCAGGCCUUUUCCGAAUCAGUCGCCUUGCCUUAUGCGGAAAGCGACUUCGACACUAUCAGCGGCUCUUUGACAUCGAACAGUUCUUCAGUUCCAACAACUUCGAAGUGGAAUUACGUCGACGAAGCAGAGACUUCGUUCAAAAAGGAUCACUGCGUGCCAAAAGAUCGAGCUGGCUCAAACGAAAAUGGAGAUACUCAAGAUCGAUACAUCUCUGACGAAGUCAAAGCAAUCGUCGACGAUGCCAUGAAACGAUCCUCGAAUGAACAAGAUCUGGAUGCAAUAAUCAGAAAAUUGAAACUACCAGGUUGGUGAACAUUUUUUUUCAAUACACAUUUUCUCAGAAAAACCCAGAUAGAAAAGAUUUUCUUGAGCUGUAACGUGUUAUUAAGGGCUUGAAAACUGCUAUCAAGUAUUUCAGUGCUGUGUGAGAUAAAAGCUUUGAGCUCAUAAAAGUACGUCAUCUCAGCUGAAAAUGGCUCUUGAGCCAACUUUGAAAACUUGAAAAAUGCAAUAAUCAAUGUUCUCCAAUUUCCGAUAAAAUCCUACAACAAUACUUCCAUUUUUUUUUUUGAUUUUUGCUAAUUUCUAAGCUCUUAGCAACAGUAGAAAAACAAUAAAAAACUUUUCGCGGUAACUAUUCAAAGCAAAGGCGGAGCCAAAGUUGUAUCAAAAAGUAUCAUAAUCUUAUAAAUCGUCUAUCGAGAAGUUUAGAACUGUCAGAAAAAAAUAUGAAUUUUUAAACAAAGUGUUGUAGACGUUGAUGGGUUCCCCCAGAAAGGCUUGUUAUACUUUUUAUAUUGAUUUAUUGUUUUUUUUUUCAGAUUCGGCUGGCAGGAAAUCUGUUGAAAAUGUCGAAAAAGACGACAACUCUGGUCUUUUGAAAGAGAACAAGCGCGGUAAGAAACUGAUUGGUUUUUGAUAUAAUUGAGCUUAUUUUUUAGAAAGGAAUGCUCCAGAGAAGCCGAAAGAUGACGAUGUAUUGAUACCAUUUGAAGGACGAGGCAAAGAUGAUGAUGACGACAGUGACCAAGAUGAUGAUAAUGAAAACGGUAGACCGAAGCCACCCAGAGGCGCACCUGGAGUUUCCUGUCGACCUGCGGAGAUCCCCGUUCUCGUUGAUGAUGUCUGGGGAGGACCCAUAUAUCCGGAAAACAACGGCAAUGCCACUGGCGAAAACAUGUCCUCAAACACGACACAAAUCGAGCCACAAAAUGAAGGCACUGGAGCUAGCUCAAACACGGUCCAAGUCGAGCAAAUCCAGCCACAAAAUGUUUCUCCGGCAGAAGGCCCUGGAUCUAGCCGACCGCAGUUUUUCUAUGAGCACAUUAACGUCUAUCCUGGGAAGGACAACUUUUGUACUCAAAUUCCGAACCGAAGAGCCGUUGAAAAGAAAUUUCUCCCUCCAAUCGACUCUAUUUUGAAACAAGCACUGCCUUACUAUCCGGACACUCCUGGACUUCCGAGUUAUCGAAAUACUAUGACGCCAGCCGACGAAGAAGUAGUAACAAAUAGGAACACGUUGUCGAAUCCGAUGAAUUCUACGAUGGUUUCUCCAGCCUCCCAUGCGACUCAAUCAGCGUCAUACGUAUCCCCAGCGUCUAACACUUCGGCCGCCAUCAAUAACUCGCCAAGAUCACUACCGCAGCCAAGUUUCGCGCCAAGUCCAAUGCCGCCUGUCGGAUACACUUCCAACCAAUACUCGAGCCCGCAGACGCCCCAAUCAGGACGAAAUUCGUCGCUUUCAUCAAACAGAAAGAGGAUGGGAGAAGUUGAAGAAGCAUAUCAGAAAAGGUCUAGAAGAUCAGACCUUGGAUUUUAUCCUCAUCGGCAACAAGAUAUGACACCGAUGCAACCAACAAAUGCGACGCAUUCACCAAGUGGAGCAAUGCCGAUUCCACCGUCUUAUCUUCAUCAGCCUUUUGAUAACGGUUUUCAAGGCUUCACAGUUUCCCAGAAUCAACUUCGUGCUCAGCAAACUGCGGCAAAUUUUGCAGCACAAGAAAGAAAUGGACAACAGCAAAUCCACCAUCUUCAACACUCUCCUCAACUGCAAAUGCCACAGCGAUCUUUUGGUAACGGAUAUCCAAUUCAAAAUCCUUACCAACCAAACGCAUUCAACCAAAACGCUGUAGGAAAUGGGGUCUGGCAGGAGCAGAAUCACCAACCGAGUAAUCCGCUCCAUGAUGGCAGGCUUGGUCAGCACCACCCAGGAAUGAACUUUCCCCAGCAAUUUGAAGCCAGAGCGAAUUCCGUUGGACCAGCUUUCCCUGCAAUUCAUCAUACGCCACCCAUACCACAGGAUUAUGGCUCUUGGAGUCAAAAUCACCAAAUUUUGCAAGCUCAACCGCUGGUUCAAACGCCUCAUCAACAUCAUCCCGUGUAUCCACACCAUCCAUAUCCGUUUCCAAAUAAUUAUUACGGUUACCCGCCAUUUGCACCUCAACAGGCGAAUCAAGGGGCUCAUGGACAACGUGCUCUACAUCCUGGGAUUUCACCAACUGGGCAAAUGCCACCAAACCGCUAUGCCUCACAAAAUUUGAUGAGAUUGAGCAAUGAGGUUAUGCCUGCAAAAACUCGAGAUUUGGAAGAGCGAAAAAAAGCGGCCGAGAAAAGAAAGAAAGAGCUAAACGCUUUUGGCUGUCGACCUGCUUUCGUUGGAGCGCCAAACAAUCGAAAUCCGGAUGACGAUGACGAUCAGCAAGACUUCAUGCCUCCAAUGCCCCAUUCCUCUAAUGGAAACUUUCCAUCGUCCAGCAAUGGAAUGCUCGGUGGACAUCGCGGCAGCUUGAGCGUCUCCACUCAAGAGUACCCCGGCUCAAGCAACAACCGAAGUAUCAAACAAGCGGAAGCCGUCAGUCCCACGCUUUUGGUCCGCACGCUAGAGUUGGAGGAAUCGCAGUACGUCUUAUUGGAAGCAACGUCCGGAAGUUCUAAAGUCGCUGAACUAGUCGAAGAAGUCUUAAGCUCAUCACCUCUGUCUGUGGAUAUUCUGGCUUCAAAGUCGCCGUUCUCACCAGGCCUCGUGUCGCCAGGAAGCUCGCCCGGCAUCAAGGUCAUGCUCCCGUUGCCUCCACGAGUCCGGAGUUCCCGCGAAAAGGGAGCCACUGUCGCUACUUUUUCAAAGGUUUGUUUUCAUUUCUUUUCGCCUCUUGAAAACAAAAAUAAAUUCAGAAAAACGGUUGCUUGUCGUUUGACGCGUUGUUCAAUGUUUCUCGGCCAAAAGUUGAAGCCUCGGCCAUGCUCUCGUUCCAGAUCUCCGAAGUCUUCCAAGUUCAUGUGAGAAAAUGAUAAUAAGAUAUUUACUCAAAAAUUUUUUCAGGCGGAUAUUCCUGCGCCUCGAAUACGUUAUAGAAAAAAGAUGCCGAUCGUCCCUCGCCGACUGAGCGACGGCAACGAAAUGGUGAGAAAUAUAACUUCGAGUUCUAGUUUUCAAUCGCACUUCCAGAGCACCUCGAUGGACGUCAGAGAAGUUGCGGUGAGAAGAUUCGAUGUCAUGGACGAGGUGAGGACAUGGUCAAAACGAUUUUUCGCAACUUUCUUAUAGGUUCCGUUCGAUAGAGAUGCACCAUGCUGCAGCUACAGCUACCAUGAGAAACAGCCUUGGGUCAGUUUCAAAAAAAUAAUAUUUAUUUUCCAAUUCGAAAUAUUUCCAAACUAUAAAUAAGUUUUACAGGUUGCAAUCAGUGAGAAAAUGCCGUUUGAGCUAAGGGAAGACCUUCUCUCGCUACUUCCCGCCAAGUCUUCCCGCUUGAAAAUCUUGCCAGAACGCGUUUCCCGGAUCGAUUUGAAAGAAGAAACUCGUGAUCCACGGCCAAAGUUGCUGAUAGUUCCUGACACUCGACCAAUUGAAGAAAGAUAUCGCUCAAGGUCGCUGGAAAUCAAGAAUCGGCUCCCAGAGCGGGUACGUUGUCCUACUGUUCAAAAAAAUCUUCAAAAAUGUUGGUUCUGAGAAAUUUUUGAAAAAAAAAACAUUUUGAAUUCAAGAAAACUUCAGAACUAGUUCUAAAUGGAAAAAAAAUAAAAAAUAACGGCGAUUUUUCAAAAGUAGAAUUUCUGUACUCAAAAGAAAAAAAAACAAAAUUUUCGUGUCAUUUCAGUUCUACCGGACCUCAUCAGCCACAAACUUCUCGGAUAUCGAACAGCACAUUACCAAAAAGGCGAAGACUUCCAUGAAGGCUGUCGGAUUGAAUUUGGAGCAGAUGGUGAGUUUUUUUUUUGCAAUAAGGAGGAGGAAAAUCUGGAAAUUUAUAGGACGACUCGGUGGCUCGAUUGUCAGAAGAAGAAUACCUCGAGAAUGUACUGGAUGGUCACAAACUGGUCGACUGUAAUUCGCUGAUCCAUGACGCGGCUAAAAAUAGGAUCCUGGAGAGUAUGCUCUCAGUUCGAUGGGUACGUUAUAACUCAUCGAUUCAUAGCUAGAUACUUAGAAAAGGAAAAAACAAAUAAAUUUUUUCAGAACCCAGAAUCGCGUACGACAAUUGGUAAAGGACCGAAGUUCCCCAGUGAGCAACAACAACUUGACGCCGCUGCUUACAAAAAGGUGAUAAAGAAACGGCAGAUUUUCAUAAAAUAAUCAAUUUUACAGCACUUGGAAGUGUUCGAUCGAUACUGCUUGUUGAAAUCUGUCGAUGAGCUGGAAGUUGAAGAAAGCGCUGCGGAAGGUAUAGUUGAUAUUUCUUAACUUUUUCCUGACUGCUUCAAAAAAAAAGCCCUUCGAAAUUAAGUUCUAACUGCACCAGACCUCAAGCGACUUGAUGUUUGUCACGUAAAAAUAGUUUCCAGUCGUUUACCCUGAAUAACUGGGAAAAAGUUUGCAAGGUCUACGCAACCAAGUUUUCACUUUUCAUCCAGACAGUUUAGAACGGUGACGGUCGCAUUUUAGCCGAAGUUAUGUCAAGCUUGAAGUUCAAAUUCCGUCAAAACUGAAAUUUUUGAAUGAUUUUUUCCCGGUACUUUGUUAAAAAGAGGAAAUCCCAUUUAUAAUAGUAAGAAACCUUCAAAUUAAGCUCAAAGAACGCUUAUGAUAACCAUGAAAAUGUUUUCAACUACCUCAUUUUCCAGGCGAUGUCGCAUCAGACUCAGUGGCUCCGGAUAUGAACGGCUGGGAAACUUUCCAACAGUUCUACGAUUCCAACAUGGAUCUCAUCAACACCUACGGAGCCCAAAUUGGAGUAAGAAUAAUUGACCAAUAAAGCAAAAUGAUAAAAACUUUUCAGACAAUGCAAGAAGACCAGGAAAUGUACCUCUACGUCGAUGUGAUCCAAGCCUUGUUUUACAACCACAAAGUGCGAAAACUGCUCUGGAUUCAUAUGCUGACGAGAUUGCAAAGAGUUUUGUUCAACCCUCACUUUGUAUCAACUUGGGCGGAGCGUAGCGAGGAUUCAACGGUAUGAAGAUCGAUAAAUGAUUUGUGAAAAUGUUUUUUUUUUCAGUACCAAGAAGUUUUCUUGGAAAAGCUGAUAAAACUCCGACGCGAUGUCUACAACGCCAUCGAUUCGACUUUCAACAUCGAUCGAGUUCGACGGCGCAUUGAAGAAUGGCGCGAAUUGGAAAGGUGUGGAACUUGCUUUGAAAAAAAAUAAAUGAUACUUUUUUUAGUACCAACCGAUCCGAGAGAGCGCUUUACGAUCAGAUCAUGUUUGAGACGGUCAACCUCAUCCAAAGCGUGAGUUAUAAUAUUGAGUUUGAGCAAUUUAGGAGCUUUGGGAUGACAUAAAUUCAAAAAAUGUAGAAAAUUUAAUUUUUUCUCAAUUUUGGAGAUCAAGGUUUCUGAGAGGAACUUUAAUUUCAUUUCUAAAAAAACGAAUUUCUACCUUUCAGAUCGACAUUCCGGCCUACAUGAGAACUCGAACCUACUCUUGGAUGACCGAUAUGCAGAUGAAUCGCAACGCGAUUUCGAUUGACCAUGCUGACAUCGAACUGACAAGCUUCCAGCCCUCCGUCCAAGAACUUUGGAUUCUCUCUUCGGCAUUAGUGAGUUCAAAUCGCAUUUCUACCAAUUUAAAAGAUCAAAGUAAAAAUCGAAUCCGACUCGAUUUAGAAAGUUGAAACUAGCAAAAAAAAAAGCUGUUUACACCACAUUUCUGUUUCAAGAUUUAAAGAGAUGAUAAGACCUUUUUUUUACGAAAAAUGAUAGCAAUUUUUUUUGACAUAUCAAAAAGUGUAAAAACAUUUUCAGGAAGAAGCGAAAAUUCCAUGCGAAGACCUGUCGGAACUUUUUAACGUCUACACGAAGUGCACCAGAAUGCCGCAGGAUAUGCUCUACCGCGCUUUUUUCAACCAAGGCUACGAGCUUGGAAACGCUUUCCGAUCCCUCGGUCUUCGGGAUGGAGGACUUGUCGAUGAUCAAGCUCUUCGGUACUACGAGCACUGGUACAUCGUGAACGCCCUGCGCAACUGGCAACUCGGCGGAGUUCAUCACCGUCGCGUCAUGAUCCGAGGCGUGCCCGCUGCCGUUCAAGGACUCCUGAUCUCAUCCUUUGCUCACCGAGAAAAGCUCCCGGCCGUGGAACAACUCCUUGCUGAAGUCGACCACUACUACUGCUCCAUCACCAAAGAACUGAGAGUCAGGAAGCUGGCGCCGCCGCCGAUUCCUUUCAUCACAGCCAUUGACAUCUUCGAGGAUUCCAUUUCCAUCGCGACUAUUGUUGACCUCCAAGCGGUGGCCAACUCUUCUCCGUUGCCUUUGGAGCCGGCUGUGGACUCUGCGACUCGGCAUAGAGGAUACAGAGGAGACAUUCCGUUUGACGUCGAGGUGAAUUUUUUCUCCAAAGUAUUUUAAGGUCAACUGAGCUAAUCUUAGAGGGACAAAGUUUGAGAACAAAAUAUCAAAAAAAAGUUGAUAUUUUGAUCUCUUUGUCAUUCAACCUUUCUUUUUCGAGCCUAUCUGGAAACUUUUUCAGAAAAUUGAAAAUAAAAGUUUUUUCCGACUUUAUUCGAAAAAUUACAGGUCGACUAUGUGAACGACAAAGUCACUGUCAAGUUUUUCUCUGACGAUGGUACGAAGUCUGGACCAAGCGUUUGUUUCACACAUCCCAGGAACUUGCCCCAGAUUGAUGUAAAACCCUUCCUCUGCGAAAAAUCUCAUUUUCAAUUUUUCCAGGGAGUCGCUGAUUGGAAGGCGAUCGAUGAGCUUAUCAACACUCGAAUGGACAAAGUGUUGUUCCGUCGCCUGCGCUAUUCCGCUUCGAUCAGAACGUUCGCCGGGUAAUCUUUAGAUCUGUCUCUCAAAACAUUUUUGCUCGGGGCCGCGCACAGAAAUAAUGGUCUUUUUUACAGCGUUCGGAAAAGAAAACAUGACGAAGAGGAGCCCGAAGCCGAGGCCGAGGAAAGGUUUUGCAUUCCAGCCAUGCAGCGGUACGAGGAAAGGUUGCGCCGAACGUGAGUUUACUGUUUCUUUUUGCAAGCUGUCGCAUGAAAAAUGACUCAAUUGCUGAGAAAAAAAUGCGUCCGUCGUGAAAGCGACUCGCGCGCAUCUUUUUAUUUCCAAAAAAAAACUGGCUACGAAAAUCUUUGAAACAGUUGGUAGCAACUUUGAGUGUUCGAAACUGCCCAAAGAUUCAUCUUUUUUUUUUAAGAUCUUCUGUUUAAAAAUUCUGACAAAUAAAUGAGGUUUUUGAGGCUUUUUUUCAGAAUGAAAGAGUUUCUCGAAUUUUCGUUAGAACUUUUUGCGAGCAUUCAUGAUAAGUUUGAAAGAUUUUCAGGGGAAAGUCAAUUAAAGUCCAGAAGUUCUUUUUUUCAAAGUUUUACUUAAACCCCGACAUUGAAUCAUUUAUAAUAUUGCUCAAAAAUACAAAAUGAAAAUUCAGCAAAAAAAGGAUAAUUUUUGUUUUCAGUUGGAGACGCCACUCCCUGCUGACAUCCAAGAAUCUGGCUGUCCACGUCGAGAAAACAAGUCAUGAAGAGAACUUGGUCAUGACCAAAAAUCAAGCAGCCUACGCUGAGCGGGAACGCAAGAAGAUGUUCCGAGGAAAUGACGCUCGCGACAUUGUGACCGUCAACAGAAUCAACCGUCAAUUCCUCCCGGUUCCUCUGAGAAGAACGCGCUCGGCGCAGAAUUGGUUCGGCCGAACCCAUCACGAACAUUUCCUGGGAUGUUGGGCGAUUGCUGAAGCGAAGCUAGUUGGAGAGGCCCAGGUCUGUUUUAUUUCAAGAUUUUUCAGAGUUUCAUGAUUUUACUGUUUUAGAACAAAAUGCCAAGCCGCCCUUGGUUGCAUGUUGAAGAUGAUGCUGAAACGAUUGUGGGAAGAAGUGAGCCGACUUCUCCACUAUCGACUGCUGAGAUGAACAGCCGCAGUGAGCCACCGGCGGUUAGUUUUGAAGCCAACGAGACUUAAAAGUCUCUUCUUUCGGAAAACGAAAGCUUUUCUUGUUGAGAUGUUGAGGGACCACAUCUAUGGGUCAUUAAAAGAUUUUUUCAGCCGUUUUUUUAAGAAUUUUGAGAGCACGAUGAGAAUCAAUUUCCUUGUGUGAAGAUUUACGGAAUCAUUAUUUGACGUUUCCCAGCCCCCGUUUGAAUUUUCGAAAAGACUUUUUGGAAGUAUACUUCAAGACUUCCUGAUCCCACACCAAGAAAAAUUCCUCGCAAUAGAUUUUUUUCAAAAUCUACAUUAUUGACAUGAACGCUAUCUCAAGUUUUUGAAAAAAGUUUUAACUUGAAAACCAGGUCUAUUGUGAGAAUUUUUUGUUCUGGAAUCUGGCUGUCCUUCAGUAAAAAACUUCAGCAGAGUUUCAUCAAAAGUGUAACCGGGUGCUGAAAAUAUCCCCCCUUGUCAGUCUUCACUAUACCUAAUCAAGUGAUUUUCUCAUUCCUCCCACCAAACUUGACGGAAAACUGUUUCAGAAACGCGUCUGCUACGUGAGAGACGACAUUGUCACUCCGGAAUACUUGCUGAGAGAGUUUGGGGGCUCGAUUCACAAACAGCGGGUGGAGCCUGGCUGUGAAUGGGUGGCUGAAGAAGUCGACCUCGAAGAGCUCAACAACAGGAACAGCCAAAUAAUUGAAAGGCACUACGAAGAAGUGCUGGACGACGACGAAGAAGAGGAACAAAUUCGGGCGGGACGCCUCCGCACCACUUCUCCCUAA